AUGUCGUUGAAAGUAACAGCAACGUUACCAAAAGUGAGAUCAAUAACAACAAUAACGGCAUUGAAAAUAACAAAACUGAUGUUGAUCACUUUACUAAAGAAAAAGGAAUGGAUAAAAAAGAAAAGGCGGAAAUUUAUAAUUCAUUCCAACGUCCAGAAUUUAAAAUAUCAAAAUCGAAAUAUUCGCAAAAACAAUGAAAAGACGAAAACACUAAUAAGAAUACCAAUUCCCAGUGAACGGAGUAGGAACAAAAAGAGAUCAUUAUCUGAUAGCCCAAAAUCAUCAACAUCUAGUAAAUUAGUUUUACCCGAACCAUCAUCAGCAACUCUUAACACGAUAAAACCCAAAUGUCCGAAAAUGGAUCUUUCGAAAAUUGUGUCUUUACCGUAUAUCAACAAAACAGAUACUUUACCAAAAGGAUCUCCAAAUAAAUUUUUAAAAUUAACAGAACUUACCGAAGAACAAUCAAAAAUCAUCCCAAAAAUGACAACCAAUAAGAAAGGCAAAAACAAAAAAAGUUCAAAGAUCGAAAAUAAUAUCCCUGAAGUUACUCAUUCAUCCCUAAUCAGUGAUAAGGUCGAGGAAUUUGUUAAAAAAUUUACAACAUAUUUCACACUUCGUAAAUCUUCACCACUUAUUGUUGCCCAUGAGAUUCAUGGACUGAUGAAUAAUAGCAGCAAAAAUGACAUUGCAUCUGUGGAAAUAUCGGAUGACACAAUUUCUCAAAUAUUAUCACGUGUCUCUAUACCACGUGAUUCAAAUAUCUUGUUAACUAUCGGUAAAUGGAUACAAGCUCAACGGCUGAGUCAGUCGCGAUUAUUAGCAUCUAAAAUAUCAGAUCUUAUAUCGAAUUCCUCAUCAGAGAUUUUCACAUUUGAUAUUAUUACUUCGGAGUAUUUAUUGGACUCGAAUCAAAUUUCUAUUAUCGAUGAAUUCUUCCAUCAUGUGGGAUUAAAAUCAGAAUUAUCUUUAAAGGCGAUUGCUGAGGAGAUUAUAAAGAUAAUUUUCAUUGCAAUGCCUGAAAAUAAUGGCAAAGAAAUAGAUAUGGUUCGAUGUUACAUUCAACAAUCGCAUGGUUCUAUAAUUAUUACUGCAAUGGAUACUUGGAUACAAAAUAACAAAUUAAAGAACAAAAAGCCAGUCGUCGGUGGAAAUUGUAAUAGUGCGGAAUCAGACGGAAUGAUAUUAAAAAUCCAAGAAAUUGCAGAUAUGAUUAAGGAAGGAACUUCUAAUGUAAAGACAACGACAAAAGACGAUAAUUCAAAUCCAUCUCUAGCAACGUCAUCAUCUUUUUCUGGAUUGAAUAAAGGACCAAUAGUAAUUCCAACUGAAAUCAAUAAUAAUGGCAACAGCAGCAGCACAAGUAAAAAGGAUAAAUCAAUGCCAACGAAUUAUACCAAGGAUAUGAUCAUUGUGUCAUCAAACUUCGACCAAGCGAAGACAAACAACAAUAUUUCAUCUGAACCUAUUAGAUUGGGUAUUGAUGUUCCCUCCUCUUUAUCUAGCGAGUCCCUUGUUGAUAAAGAUAAUAUUUAUGGGAAUUUUUUAUCGAAACCAAAUAAUAUUGAUAAUCAAGAUAAAAGUAUUGUCUCAUUAAAUAAUUCUUCCGAUAAUAACAUUUUAUUAAACAAAAAUAUCAAACUUUUGUCAACUGCUUUUAAUACUUUGAUGAAUGACGAAGAUUCAGUUACUAUGACAACUGAAGCAACUACACCAAUCCAAGCAUUAUCACCAUCAUUGCCGUCUUCCUCGAAAGAUGAAAACCCUCCUCCAAAGGAAAUAAGUUCAGCAAAAAGAAAAACUCAUGACUUGGAUAAAGAAUUUCGACAUCAAGCUUAUGAAAAGGAUUCUGCCACUUCCUCUUCGCAUGCAGUAGUAAAUGACAAUAAUUAUUCUACUACUAUUGUAUGUACAGUAGAUAAUACACUUGUUGAAACAUUUGUAAUCUAUCUUUCCAUUGGUCGUCUGUUGUCUUCGCCGAUAACAGUUUCCGAGGAAAUUUGUAAACUUGCACCGGCCAAUACCAGAGCCACAAUCACCGGUUCUACAAUUGCGAAAUUAACCUCCCGGGUUUUAAAUCAAAUCGAGCAAUCGGAGUUACAACUAAUCAAUACUUGGAUUCAUCGGGAGCGAAUUCUUCGCACCAGAGAUCUGAUACAAGAGGUUGUCAAUUUGAUCAACGAACCGAUGCAACAGCUUUUUGGGAAUUCUGAAUUAUCGAGAAAUAAAAAUAAAGAAGAUGAUCCGAGUGAGUUUAUUGUCAAGUGUAGAAUUGUCGAUGAAUUUUUCAAGUGGUAUAAUGCUGGAAAAGAUAAAAAAGGACUUGAUGAAAUAGCCAAAGAGAUUGUGCAGAUUAGAAAAAAUAAUCGGCAGGUGUUUUUGGUGAGUGCAAAUGGAAAUAUACUUGAGCAGGGUGCUUAUGGUAGAUAUGAGACUAGGAGUAAGGGUAUUAAUAAUAGCAAAUGGUUAUUGGACGCUAUGCGAAAAUGGAAUCAAGAACAAGUCUCACGAAGAUAA